UGAGAGCAGACUAAUUAAGGAACUUUUGGAAGUGGCGGGGGUGCAAAAGUCACACACCACACCUUACCACCCCAUGGGUAAUGGCGUGACAGAACGCUUUAACAGGACGCUGGGGAAUAUGUUGAGAACCCUUCCCCCAACAAUGAAAGCCAGGUGGCCCCGGGUGUUACAGACGCUGACAUUUUGCUACAACUGCACAGUACAUGAGACAACUGGCUUUGCCCCUUUUUACCUCAUGUUUGGCCGGGUGCCACGUCUCCCUAUUGACAUUGUGUUCCAGCAUGGGCUUCAGGAUGAAAGAGUGGUCAGCCAUAAUGAGUUUGUCUCUCAGUUGAGACAGGACUUGUGUGAAGCUGCAAGGAUUGCUCAAAAUCACAGCUUUAAGGAGCAAGCCCGUCAUGCUCGGCUUUACAAUCACAAAGUCAAGGGUUCUCCGCUGGCUGUGGGUGAUCGAGUUUUGUUGGCCAACCGUGGUGAGAGGGGCAAAAGAAAGCUUGCUGACAAGUGGAUUUCUACGCCCUAUGAUGUUGUGUCGGUGAGGGCUGGGAUUAACGUGUACAGGAUAAGAGAUGCCCAAUCUGGAAAAGAGAGAGUUGUGCAUCGGAACCUGCUUCUCCCGGUUGACUUUCUUUUCAUGGACAAGGUUGAAACUCCUGCCUCGUUUGUCAACUCAGAUAAUGGGGAUGAGGAAUGUGGAAGUGGUCAAGUCUCUGUGCAUGUGGACAAUGAAGAUGGCUACGAUCGCACUGUGGACUGGCUCAUGAACUCACCUGACCCAGUCCCUGCCAGUGAUGUUCACUUAUCUGACCCAGUCACUGCCAGUGAUGCUCACUUACCUGACCCAGUCCCUGCCAGUGAUGUUCACUUAUCUGACCCAGUCCCUGCCAGUGAUGCUCACUUACCUGACCCAGUCCCUGCCAGUGAUGCUCACUCACCCGACCCAGUCCCUGCCAGUGAUGCUCACUCAUCUGACUCAGACCCUGACAGUGUGACUCUACCAACCGACCCAGACCCUGACAGUGUGACUCUACCACCUGACCCAGACCCUGUGAGUGCUGCUGACUUGACUGACCCAGACUCAGUUGGUGUUUCUCGUUUAACUUUCACAGAAGUUGUUGAUGAAACCAAUGCUAUUUGCACGCAACCCCAUAGUGUUCAUGCGGGCUGUGGUGGUUCAGUCACUACUAGAUGUGGGAGGCAUGUCAAACCUCCUAAAAAGUUGAUAUAUGAGAUGGCAGCACAGAAGGUUGAAGAUACCUCAUCUGUUACUAGUUCAGUUUAUUAAGAUAUUUGAGGUUUAAGCAGUCAGGAUACUCUACCAGUUUUUUUUAUGGGUUAUAUCCGAGUAGUAUUUGUAUGCGUUUGUAGAUUUGUGGGUAUGCUAUGUGUGUUGCCUUAGAUGAGAUGCUUUGAAGGUGUAAAUGGCAUCUUCUGCUGGUCUGAGAAAGGUAUUGGGCCUGGUACCUCCCUAUCCUUUUUCACUCCCUAUGGGAGGAUUUUGUAUCGACUGUAAUUUGUGUCUUUGAUUUGGUUUCACCUUAAACAACCACCACAAAUAUUUUUUUAUUUUUCUUACCCUCUUGUCUUGAUGAUGUUCAGUAUUUGCCUGGAGUUUAACAGAAUUUAAGGGGGGUGUAUGUAACAGUGUAAAUAAUGAAUGUUUGUUUUAUUAAAUCCUGUUAAACUGGGACUACAGCCAUAAUUUUGUUAUUUUAUUUUAUUUUGAAAAGCCGCAACCGGAAGCUAGUGUUGCGCUGAAUGUGGUGCAUUUUGGGAAUCCGUCAGUAUUAGAGGAUUCUUAGCUUGGAGCAACAUCUCACUGAACUGUGGCUAAACUGUGGAUCUGUGUGUUUAUUCCAUGGUUUGCAGAAUAAACUAAUUGAUAUCUCAAACUGACUCCGGUGAAGUACAAAAAGCAACAGCAAAGCAGGACCCAAGUGUC